GUUCAGUGUAGUGUUUCUCCUCUGUGGAACAGUGUAUCUUUCAUCCCGCAUCUCUCUCUCUACAGCUAUUUCAAGAAGUUUGAUUAAAAAAUAAAUUAUUUUGGAGAUUAACAAAGUUUUUCUGGGAUGCUAAACUAUGGUAUGGGAGUCGUAAGUCAAAACGAAAUGUUUGGUGGCAAUGGAGGAGAAUGUUGCUUUGUAUGAAACAAAAUAAAUUUGACGAAGAAAUUAAUGAACCAGAAAACUUCUAUUUAGGCCCACCGGAUUAUUCAAAGUUCACUCCUGCUACAGUUCCCAACUUCGCUACACAACGUAAGGUUUGUCUAUACGACGACAACAACUUGUUACAACAAAGUAGGAUAUAUUCAAUACAAACACAUGGAACUGAUGAAAAUGGCCAAAAAACCGAUGAUGGCAUAUUUUCGACAAACGUCAUGCGCUGCAGUACUUUAUUAUCAUCUUCUCCUCAAGAAAAGAAAGAAAUGUUCAGGCAAUCUUUGACAAAUAUUCUUAGUUGCAUAUAUUGUAUGUUCGUAGUAACCUUAGGUGUGAUAAUAUAUAUUGGUGAAAUUAACUCAGGACUUGCUCCUUUCGCUGAGAUUUUCAGUAUUUAUUUAGUAGUAGUAGGAAUAUUUUACCUGGCAUUCUUAUACGUGGAUAUGAGAAAAUUCUCAAAAUUACUCAAAGUAAGUGAGGAAAUGGUUGCAGCAAAAUAUGCGAAAUCUGAGUCCUCGUCUAGAAGAAGCAGUGUCGGCCGAGGCUCAGUCAAUUGGAAUUCUCUGAGCGAGCCAGACUUGGUUCUUCCACACCAUUAUUGCUUCAGCAAAGGCAGACAUUCUGGUAGCUUUUACCUCAAAGUCGGAGCGGCAGGUUUCUGCCUAGGACAUCUUCUCCAUAGCGGUUUACUGAUUUCUUAUCAAGUGGCCUUCUUAAUAUUGGAACCCCACAAUUUUUACCAGUGCGCCAAUGGGAUUACUUUAGCACUGGAUAUCAUGUACCCUGCAUAUUCUUUUAUGCAGUUAUUUUUCAUCUUCAAAUAUUCAAAUGUCAUUAUAAACAAACAUAAAAUUCUAGCUCGGUUUGGACUCAUGCAUUGCGUCGGAUCACAUCUUUGUUUUUGGAUUUGGACUAUUUUAAGGGAAACGGUAGAUUCGAUGAAUCAUCAUCACCAUGAACCUCCUGCCUCUCUUCAUCACCACAUGAAAACAGGCAAUACAAGUAUAAUUGAUGAAGAAACAGAUGAGUGCUUGGGGCCUCAUACGUUGACUUCAGUGUUCGGAAUGUUCACACCUUAUCUAUACCCAUUUACAAUAGAGUACAGCAUAUUAGUAGCUGGUAUGAUGUUUGUCGUAUGGCAGAAGAUCGGAUCAUACAGUCAGUGCACUCCUGUAAGUAGCAACGACAGCCUAAUAUCAAAUGUCGUGCUACAUGCGGAUUGUCAUUCUUCAAAUAAAGGUCUCUUUGCCGGACUGAUAGUUCUAGUCGGUUCCUUCCUCAGUAUUGUUCUCUUCUUUGUCGCCAUGACUGACAGCAUAUAUAUCGAAGCAGGCUUAUUGGUGAAUUCUGUAACAGAAUUAACACUGACAAUAUUAAUGACCGUAACUGUGAUACCAGCUUACAAGCAAAUAACAAAGUUGGACGUUAACUCGAAUGAGAUCUCAUUAUUGGACGAUAUUCUGUUGUUCACGUGCAUUCCGUCCUUCUUUGUACAGUUUAUUUUGAGCAUUAUACCUGCAUGGAGAUCUAGAAAAUACAUCUGUUUGACAACGGUCAUUUUACAGGUCAUCCAGGUACUGAUUCAAACCCCGUUCAUAAUAGACGGGCUUCGAAGAUGUUCUAAUGCGAAAGCCUUAAGAACCGAAAAGCCUGGGAGAGAACUGCUCAUGUUUUUAAUAGUUUGCAACGUUACAAUGUGGAUAACUGAAACAUUUGAAAUAAAAUCCCAUUCCAAUACGAACGACCCCAGAUCUGCUUAUUACGGAGAGUUGAUAUGGUCAUCGAUCACACAUUUAACGUUUCCACUUACUAUGUUUUAUAGAUUUCAUUCUUCAGUCUGCAUGGCUGACAUAUGGAAAUAUGCGUAUAUGAAAGGACACUAAAUAUUGAAGAUGAAGAGUUGAAGCUAAAGCUAAACAGAAAAUUAAACUCUUGUUCACAUUUUUAUCAUUCUUUCAAUCGCAAUGAUGAAUAUGAGAAGAUGAAAUGAAUGAAGAAAGAUAUUAAAAAAAAAAAAUGUCGAUAAUAAAGCAAGAUAUCAGAAAAUAAAUUUAGUAUUAUAAAUAACAUUUCUUAUAUUUAUUCAUUUCCUAAUAUAUUACAUAGAAAAAGAUUUAUUAUAAAAUGUAGCUAAGUAUAAAGACAGUCUUCAACGGUGUCAAAUAAAUAAAAUACUAAUUGACUCUUGGUCUUCGUUAGUCAUGUUCCUGAAAACAUUUACAAUAAGAUCUCAUUUGCAUAUAUGUAUACAUACAAACAUAUAUAUAUUUAGCAAAAAUAUUUCGAAUAUAUAUAUCCAUUACCAGGUAACAAUACUACCACUACACUUGUACCUGCUACUAACAUCAUGUAUCCACUUCGAUCUAAUGCCAAGUACAAUACAUCUUGUUAAACAGUUUACAAAUGCUGAUACAAAGUCAAUGGCAACGGAAUAAAAUAAUAAAGAAACGUAGGGGAGACGAGAUGUAUAUAAUAAACAAAAAUUAAUUUAAACUGGUUAUCAAUUUAAAUUUACAAACAAAAAAAAAAUAUCAAAUUAAACGUUGCUAUAUUUAAAAUUUCAGUUUUGAUACAUCAAUACUUUUUAAUUCUUAACAUCUAAAAAAAUUUCAGUAAUAAAUAAUAGGCUUUUACAUAGGUUUUUGUUUUGUGGUCCAGAAUGUUGUAAUUCUUUUUUUUUUUUUUUUAAAUAACAAUAGCACAGGCCUUUUUAGACAUUCACACAAUUAUAAAAAUGUAAUUACAAAAAUUUUGAUAAUCAUAAAUUUCACAUGAUUUUCUUUUUAAAAUCAAUGAUAUUCCUCAACACAUCCAAUUCAAGUAAAACUAAAAAUUCAGUUGACUCAAAAUGCUGAUGUUAAAAUUAAACAACAAAGUCAAAUACUGUAAUUAAAGAACAGAACACAUUUGAAUUCACUCUUACAGUUAAAUCUAUAGAGAAUAGAAUAGAAUAUUCUUAAGUAAUUUUAAAGGCUCAAUAUAUCCACAUUAUGUUAUUCGGUUCGCAUAUUCUACUUUUUAAAAAGAACGGUGCAUUCGUACGGCAAAUUGAAGGAAUGAACCACUGCUACAUACAAUAAGUAUCACAAUUGUGAUAUGGUGUUUCGAAAAAAUUAUCAAUCCUAUAAAUUUACAUUUAAUUGCACGGAACGUUAAUUGUCAUAACAUUUGGAAAACAUGGAAUCGAAAUGUUUUGAUUUUCGGAAAAGUUUAAUUGGCAACUAGAUCCUUAUAUUUAUUAUCCAGGGACCAAAAGUUCUAUUUUAAGUUUUAACUCUUUAAUCUUUAAAUAUAAUUUUAUUAGGAGUAUUUCAAAAACUUAAAGGAAAAAAAAAUAUUUUCUUUUGGAUUAAAUGUAAACAAUUUGUUUCGGUCCCUAAUUUUAUGAAAGUCUUUUAAGGAAAGAAAAAAAUAAUAUCAAAGAAAAUCUUCAACAUAAUACAGAACGAAAACACACAUAUUGUAGCCGACAGAAUUCGAGUCUCGAUAGCACACAUUGACUAAUAUUACUUAGGAAUAGACAGGAUUUUAUAGUACGUUAUUAAAAAAAUUAAUACACGAUGUUACCUAAAAUGAGCAAUUGACAACAUAAAUGGCAGUGUUCAAUAAUUAUUAAAUAUUAUAAAAAGACUUCGAAACUAUUCAAAUAUGAAACAAAAAAAAAACUAAAAUUCUAAAUUAUGCAUUAUACAUAAACUAGUAUGCGACGAAUAUUGAACAUAAUGUUACUAAAAAAUAGGCCCAUAGAAAAACAAAUGUACACGCAAAUAAAUAUGAAAGCAAAUUUAAAAUAUGUUAAGAUGGAUAUAAUACUAGAGAUCAUUAGAUUUCGCUUUAAAAAUUAUUUAAAUUAUACAAUUUACUAAGAAAAAAAAUUAACAAAUAAAAAAAUUGCCUAUAAUCUGAGAGCAGGAAUGGCACAUGGAAAAUAAUGAGAGAAAUAAAAUGAACAUGAAUGUGAACGACAAUGAGACAAACUGAGUAGAUUGUCAUUUAAAACUACCUACGUUGUCUAACAUCUUUAGACAUCAUAAUUAACAAGAUAAUUCAAUGUGAAUUGAUGUGGCAUUUUAUUAAUUUUUAUUAUAACAAUGGCAGUGAGUUACUGUGCAAUUUCAAUUUAAUACCUCCCCCCACGCGAAACCGGCGCUUGGGGGAUAUGCUUUACUUCCAAGGCCAUUUCAACAUACUUCAAGUAGACACAUCAGUCGCGUAACAUAGCAUUUCGUCUAAAAAUAUUAUCAGAACCCUUUAAUAUGCCUCUAUAAACCUUUCUUAUACACGAACAAUUAUAAUAAAUGUAGAUUUAUACAUAUUUUAUAUAUAUAUUUAUAUUUAUAUAUAUAUAUAGAAAGAGAUAAAAUCCUAAAAUGCGUCCAAACUGUUAAAAGGUUUUUAAAAGCUAUUAAUAUUUCUUAUAAUCUUCAUUAAUACCGAUAACAUUUGGACACUUCCUCAAGCACGGCUAAAAGAUCUAAUGAUAAACCUUUCCUAAUCCAACUAUGUACAUUACAUUCAAAUCCUAAACAUAAAUACAAUAUAUUUACAUUUUUUUUCUUUCUACUAGACAAUAGAAGGCUUUUGGUGAUAAAAAAGAAAAACUUCAACUGCGUCGACUCCGUACCAAAAACCCCAUAUCCAGAAGACUUGUAAGAAAUUUUACCAUUCAUUUUGCGAUGAAAUCAUUAAAAAUAGGCAGUGUAACAAAUAAUGUAGCUGGUUGUAAACACCAAAUUAAAAUACAUAAAUACAAGUUUCCGCUGAGGCGGGUUAUAUUAAAAGCAAAAGACAUAUUUAUAUAAAUUAUACAGAAAUUGGGCCAAGUUGUUCAAGAUGAGUAUUGUUAUCGAUAAAAUAAAAGUUACAAUAUUUCACAUCAGUCUUUGCCACAUUUGAAGUUAUAAGCUCUCGGUUCAAAGCCUUGCAUGUUCCUGUUGGCACAAUUUUAACCGGACAACAGUAUCUAUAACUUUUUCCAUGGAAAUUAGUUGUUUUUUUUUUAAAGAAAUUUUCUGCUUAUAUCGACCAGGUUUACUUACUGUCAGAUAAACACAAGUCUGAAAAAUUUAUUAUUUUCUGACAGAAUCAUGCUUAAAAAAAGUAUUAAACUGAUUUUAAUGGAAAAAGUAAUAAAUCGGAAUGUCUAACGGAGGUAAUGCUUGAGCUUUUCUUGUGGGUCAAACAGCUAUAAAAUUUUUACUGACACUAAAUCAAUAGUUUUUGAGAUCAAUAUAUAUAUAUAUAAAACAAAAAAAAAAUAAUAAUUUGCCUGGAAUCAUAACUGAAACUUUACAAAUUCUAUAUACAUUUAAAACACUAAAAUAUUUUAGCCCAAUUCGGAUCUUUCUCUUUUUUUUCUUUUCUCUUCUUUUCUUUAAAACAAAUCGUUAAUGUUGUCAACACAGUUUCUUCUCUCCCCUGGCAGUGAUAUUUACAAUUAAAACUAAAUUACAAAGUCACUGAAAACUGAACAAAUUGUUAAAUAUGUGCCUUAUAUACAUGAGAUUAUAAUGUUCAUCGUUUUAAUGAAGCAUUUUUUUUGUUUUUUAAAUUAACUAUUAUUCACAAUGAGAAAUAUUCUCAGGAACUUAGUAUACUAACUCUAUAGGAUAUUGGCUACAAAUCAUUAUUAAAAACAUUUACAAACAAAGAGAAAAUUUUUAUGUUAACAAAAAUUCUAUAUAAUAAAAUUCAACCAUAAAUACAAUAUGCCUGUUACUUACAUUUCAACCAGAAUUUUUUAAAAAGAUAAAUCCCCUUAUUUAUAAAAGGAAAACAUUUAUUUCAAGUAUAAAAAUUUUGUACUCCAUUCAGUGAAAGAUGUCGAAAAGUAUAACUUGGUUCAAAAUACAUUUUUAUUAUUUACUAUUAUUAUUUUUUUUUUCAUUUAUAUAAAUUCUCAACUAUUGAAAAUAUAUAUAUAUUUUUUUUUAAUUAAGAGAGGAGGUGCCCAAUCGCAACAGGUUUUUCCGAUACUGAUAUAUUUUAAUGAAUAUACAAAUACAUUCAGCAAAAACAUGGAAGUCGUGGUGAACAGGCUUUUAUAUUGCUUAUAACUAGUCAGUCUUGUUAGAAGAGGAUUUAGGCCUUCGUUGUUGGAAGUUUUACAAAAGAAAAAAAAAAAAAGAAAAAAAUCAAUGUAAUACAGAAUAAUAAUGUAAUACAAUACAUAAUAAGUAAUCCCGAUAAUAAAAAUGAAAUCGCAACUCCCAACAACAAGCUUAUUCCUCAAAAUAUUAGUAUACUUUGUACUGAAUUUAUGCCAUGUUUUGCCAAGUGCUUUGAACACCUCUCUUAAGAAAAAAAAAAUUUACAAAAAAAAAAUUAAUGAAUAAAAUAAAUUCAAAAUCUACUAACCAAGUGUGGUUCAUAAAUUUUAACAAAAAAAAAAAAAUCAUUUUCUUUAAAUAUGAAAUAAAUAAAUAAUGAACUAGACACUGAAUACAAUAAUGAAAUAUAUUUUGUACAAAAUAUUAAAAGUUUUUUUUUUUGAGUUUCCUAAUAGAUGAAAAAAAAAUGUUUUUGAUGGGGGGGGGGCACAAGGAUACUAUUAAUUAGAUUAUUGAUGACCAUACUUAUAUCAUGUUGAACUGGCAGUGGUUAACGGCUUGUACUUGCGCCCGUGAGAUCUCCUCAGCCUCUGAUUACUGGUGAGGUAACUGUAGAGGCAGUCUUUGCUCUCUGACGGAAGGGUGGGGAUGUUGACGUAUCUCACCCUCUCCACUUUCGUUGAGCUGACCCAUUCAUCGCUUAAG